UUUCCGGUGUCGGCUAACGAUGCAGGAAAUGUAGUAAAGAAAAAUGUGCUACAAACGAAUUGUUGAGUUCUUUCUUAGCAGUCGCUGCCCGAUCUGGAAAGAAAGUGUGAACUAAGGACAGCCGCACUUCAAUGAGUUUUCAAAGUCGUGGCCGGGGGGCCCUUCUAGUCCGUAAAACCCCCACGUCUGGCCCAUCACCAGAUGUCAAUGAGGAUUAAAAGGUGACAUUGAGAUUUGAACACACAAACUGCACCAUGGGGAAGAGGUACUACUGCGACUACUGCGACAGGUCCUUUCAGGACAACAUGCACAACAGGAAAAAACACCUGAAUGGUGUUCAGCAUCACAGAGCUAAAAAGGCCUGGUUUGACAAUUUCAGAGACGCUGCAGCCGUCCUUCAUGAUGAACAAACCAAGAAACCAUGCAGAAGGUUUCUCCAAAGGGGAAUAUGUGACUUUGGUCCAAACUGCAGGUUUUCUCACAUGUCUGAACAGGAGAUGUUUAACCUACAGAGACAUGUGCAAGGUGAAAGACAGAGUAUUGAGGAGUCUCAGGAAAGACAGCUAAGAGGACGAAGUAUCGAGGACUGGCUCUCCAGAAGAGAGAAGAGGCGAAGCGCCCUCAGUAGUGAAGGAGAACUCAAAGACAAAGACAUGAGUGAAGAAGAGCCGACAGACGACGACGUACCUCCGCAGCUUCUGUCCGUUCCCGAUCUCCCGCCCUCACUGAUGCCUCCUCCUCUGGGCCGCUGGAAACUGAGAGUGGAGACCACCUGGGGCUGAGAGGUUUUUGAUUUCUGAUAAAUGACGGUGAGGAAUUCUAGAGAUGUACUGCCGCGUAUCUUUAUCUUUAUGUCAAGAAAAAAAAGGUUAGCUUAAGAAGUGACCCCUGCCCAAUGACUCCCCCUAUUGACUGAAAACUAUAAUUUAUUUACUGCAGAUGUUAGAUUUGUUAUAUUUAUUCUUCACUCUUCUGUCGGACAGUGACAGGUGAAACUGUUAAAUACAGUCCCACUAGGUGGCAGCAGAUUACUAUUACAAAGUAAAAAAAGAGACCUUCAGCUCUUCAUGUGUGACUUUACUCAAUUCCUGCCAGUAUUUCAGUGUUGUGUUCAACCAAACAGGUCACAGUUUCACACUUUAAAAAUUAAUCGUGAAUCGUCAUCUGAAACUGGAAGAUCAUUAUGUUUCACACUUUUGUUUGGUAGUGCACCAUGGGAUGUUUUCAGAAUUAGAAUUUUUUGGGAGACACUGGCUGAAGUGAUGUGGUCUAUAUGGGGAUUUGUAUUUUUAAUUUGUCUGUUUUCUAUAAAACAGGAGCAGUUUUUAACGCGGCUCAUAAUUCUCUGUUAUGUCUGACGUUUUAACGGCGUCUGUGUUUCUUCAGUUUCUCCACCGAUCAGCAGCUUUUCACACAGAUUCCUGUCCUGGGACUCAUUUCAUGUCAAGUUCUUCCAUCCAGAAUGCAGCACGGCUGAGCCGAAGAACUGCAGUUUAUACUGAAGUACUGCAAUACCAGGUUAAUCGUUGAUUUAAUUCCCUCCAGUUUAUCUCAGCCGCCUGGAAGAGUCUGCAGAGAAAAUAGAUCUCAUACUUUUGACGACCAUAAAACUUUAUGUCAAAUGUUGUUUUUCAUUGUUUAUGAAAUGUUUUUGCACAAUAAAAGCUGCUGCUGCUGGGUUGUCGGUUCAACCCUCAUCAAAAGUCUCCGUGUCUGUUUACACUGAUGGGAAAAUCAAACCAGAGCUGAAAUGACCCAUUUUUUUGAAUAAAAGAUUAGGAAUUAAA